CGCCAUCCAUCCUUCUUCUUCUUCUUCUUCUUCGGCAUUGUAAAGCUGUCUCCCUCCGUCCGUCCAUCCUACCAUUUUAUCAGUUGUUUAUUGGAAGCGGAGGACGUGGUUGCAGCAGCAUGGCCAGUGGGAGCAGGGCAGGGGGUGCGGUUGGUGGAGAAGGGAGCCGGAGGCAGCCGGAAAGAGGAGGGGGUAGAGGGAAGGACAUUGCGAGCUGGAGCGCACCUUUGUUGGGGGUGGUUGACAAAGUCCCGACGCCGGCUACGGACCCAUCCUUGUUCGUCCCACAGCCGGAGGGAAGGCAAACGAAGCUACAGGGCGAGAAGGAGGUGUGGAAGCACGUGGAGCAAGGUCAGGAGGCUGUGCCGAAGGGGCGGGGAGAGUAUUGGCUGCGGUGUCGGCUAUCGACCGUUUACAGGGGCACGAGCACAAGAGCCCUUCACAAUAUUUCGGCGGGGGGGGCUGCUCUCAACGAAGACGACGAGAGUGCGGUUGUACCUCGCGGUUGUGAGGAACCACAACUGCCGGUUGCUGCUAGGAGGGAGCCAGUGGAGGAGCUGGUGCAGCGGGGAAAAGAGACUGCAGCAACACAGGCGGCUAGAGAAGAUGGUGCUUCCACCACAAGGAUAGCUUCAAUGCAGCAAACGACCAUUAAGAGAUGGGUCGACAACGCGGCGCAGAAGAAGUUGGAUGUUGCGUGGGCGGAGGCAAUGUUCAGAGCCGAAAUUGCAUUCCAAUUCCUGGAGUUCGACACCACGCAGCAGCUGCACAACGUGUAUCUCGAGGUGACGAAGGCCAGACCGCAGGUGAAGUUGCCGUCUUCGAAGCACAUUCGGACUGUCAUGCUCGGGUUCAUUUUCAUGCGCAUUCAAAAGCAAGUGGAGCCUUUGACAAAAUGUUGGGAUGUCACCGGCUACACUUUCAUCAUGGACGGGUCUAACGAUCGGAGGGAGCGGCCUGUCAUGAACUUCUUAGCGACGGGGGAGCAGGGAGCUGUUCUAGUGGCGACGAUGUACAUGGACGGCAAGAAGAAGACGGGAGCAGCGUUGGCGAAACUAUGAGAGAAAAUAAUGAGGGAGAUCGGGCUGCAACGCAUCAACGCGAUUUGCACUGACAACGC